CCGCCGGCAGAGGGAAGACGGGCGAUGUGUGCUGGUGGUUUGGGGGCGCGGGGGGAGCCAGCGAGGGGCGCCGCCGUCAGUGUCUUCCAGGAGCCCGCGGGUGACCGGAUCGUCUCUGUCCCCACAGCACAUUUCUUGCUCCUGGUGACGUCUGAGUGCUACUUCACCAACGGGACGGAGCGGGUGCGGUUCCUGGAGAGACUGUUCUAUAACUGCGAGAAGUACGUGCGCUUCGACAGCGACGUGGGGGAGUUCCGGUUGGUGACCCAGCUGGGGCGGCCCGACGCUCCGUACUGCAACAGCCAGAAGGACUACCUGGAGCAGAAGCGAGCCUCAGUGGACACGUACUGCAGACACAACUACGGGGUGGGUGAGAGCUUCACGGUGCAGCGGCGAGUGGAGCCUAUAGUGACUGUGUAUCCUGCAAAGAACCAGCCCCUGCCGCACCACAACCUCCUGGUCUGCUCUGUGAAUGGUUUCUAUCCAGGCCAUAUUGAAGUCAGGUGGUUCCGGAAUGGCCAGGAAGAAGAGUCUGGGGUCGUGUCCAGGCCUAUCCGUAAUGGAGACUGGACCUUCCAGACCCUGGUGAUGCUGGAGAUAGUUCCUCAGAGUGCAGAGGUCUACACCUGCCAAGUGGAGCACCCCAGUUUGACGACCCCUGUCACCGUGGAAUGGAGAGCACAGUCUGGGUCUGCACAGAGCAAGAUUCUGAGUGGAACUGGAGGCUUUGUUCUGGGUCUGCUCUUUCUCGUGGUGGGGCUCUUCACCUACUUCAGGAAUCAGAAGGGACACUCUAGACUUCAGCCAACAGGUCUCCUGAGCUGACAUGGAGAUGGUGACACUCCAGGAAGAACCUUCCUUCCCAGCCUCUUCUCAGAAUGAAAGGCUUCCAGCUCUCAUUCCUCCACAAUUACAGUGCUUUCUCAGAUCUGGUUGGCCCGGCUUCAGUGACUUGCAGCACCUGUCCUCCCUGUGGCUCUGUCUGCCCCUUCCUUGACCUGGAAGCCCCAGUGUGACUUCAGUACCUCCUCUGCAUUCUCUCCGGUCCCCUUCUGUGUCGCCUUUCCUGCCUCCCUUGCAUGAGGAACUGAACUUCUUCUCAUGUAUCUUCAUAAGCUUUUCUCAAAUAAACAUGGGGUUAAAAUAAUCUGCUUCACGUAGUUUCAAAGAAAAGAGGUAUAAAAAAA